AUGGCUGGUUCUGUAGAGGCUAAACAGGUUCACCUUUCUGAGCUCUCCAUUAUCCGAAAUAUCCAUUCAUCAGACAGCUCGAAGAUCUUCCUAGUCAAAUAUAAAGGCGCGAAAUAUUGCCUAAAAGUGUUUCAUGUCAACAACGUCCCGGGAUUUACCUCCACAGGCCGAGAUCUCUGUCGCUAUCGUUGUGAGAUCGAGGCAUACAAGCUCCUCUCAGCAGCGGAAAUAUGCGAGCAGGGCUUUGUACCUAAAUUUCACGCGUUAUUUGAGGAUAUUGACCCACUUACGCCCACACUGACAUCACAUCUCAACGCUUUCCUUGGUGAUCUCCACCAUCCCUGCGCUAUAUUACUUGAGUAUCUUCCCCAUGCGGAGCCUUUGAACUGCGAAAACUACGCCCGAGAUAGGAUCCAAAAGGCCAUCCAGGGUAUCACAGCUGUACACCACGCACGAGUUGUGCAUAAUGACCCAUACCCAAAUAAUGUGUUGAUUGUUCCCGGAGCGGCAACCAAUGGAAGUGAUGACCGAGUUGUAUGGAUCGAUUUUGAUAUUGCCCUUAAUUUCGGGUCUGAGAAGGUUGGUGGGAGGUUACAGUAUGAUGAAAGCAUAGAGAAUUUCACACAUAUUUGA